UUUUCUAACUAGUAUUUUUGCGUAAGUUGAGUUGCAACACGAUCAGUUCUAGAGCUCUACAGGUAGAAGGGAGCGUCACAAGCUACGUGAAAUCAUUUGCCCCUCGAUCAUUGAAAUCGCUUUGGAAUGACGUCAUGUAACACAUUGCCGGCUGAUUUUCACGUGAUAAAAUUCUUCGAGGGCUGAUUGCUCCACGCUCAACUUCUGCUGUAAGGCAACCGGUGUGACGCCUCUGGUGCUCUAAGAAACCAUCUGGUACAGAUUUAACCAAAACAUCGCUGCAGGAGUGAUAGUGCUUUGAGAAAAAUGGAAACGAUGAGGGUCUCGAUGUCGGUGGAUGAAAAGUACGACCUUAUAACGAGAAACCUACAAGAAGUCCUUGGUGAGCAACGCAUCAAGGAUAUUCUGAAGCAACGCGAUUUGAGAAUUUACUGGGGUACGGCAACAACGGGCAAACCCCAUGUAGCUUAUUUCGUUCCCAUGUCCAAGAUAGCCGAUUUUUUAAACGCCGGUUGCGAGGUGACAAUUUUAUUUGCCGAUUUACAUGCCUACUUGGACAAUAUGAAAGCGCCUUGGGAUCUGCUUGAACACCGUGUAAAAUAUUACGAGGCAGUAAUUAAGGCUAUGCUGACCUCCAUUGGAGUGCCACUUGAAAAGUUGAAGUUCGUCCGCGGUUCAACGUACCAACUCAAACCAGACUUUACGCUCGAUGUCUAUCGCCUUGUUUCUAUGGUAACAGAACACGACGCUAAAAAGGCAGGUGCUGAGGUCGUCAAGCAAGUGGAUCAUCCCUUAUUAUCAGCGAUGCUGUAUCCACUUUUGCAGUGCCUCGAUGAAGAGUACUUAAAAGUCGAUGCACAAUUCGGUGGAGUGGACCAGCGCAAAAUUUUCACAUUCUCGGAGAAAUACCUCCCGUCCCUUGGUUACGCUAAGCGGAGUCACUUGAUGAAUUCAAUGGUACCAGGAUUGGCUGGUGGCAAGAUGUCAUCUUCGGAAGAGGACUCUAAAAUCGAUCUUCUAGAUUCUGCAACAAGUGUAAAAAAGAAACUCAAAAAAGCGUUUUGUGAACCAGGAAGCCUUGAUGAAAAUGGCGUUCUGGCUUUUGUCAAGCAUGUACUCUUCCCUAUACACUGCGGAAAAAUUAUGACGAUACGCCGUGCGCCUGAGAACGGCGGAGAUGUUUGUUAUGAAAGCUACGAAGCGCUAGAAAACGACUUCAUUGCUUUAAAACUUCACCCCGGUGACCUCAAGACAUUAGUUGAAGAACAGAUUAACAGACUCCUUGAUCCGAUUCGUAAAAUUUUUGAAACCAGUCCAGAGCUGCAAAAGAUCUCAAAUGACGCUUACCCCUUACCAACGAAGAACGCGCUGGCGAUCGAAGAAAACACUCCGGCACUGCUGGACAUGCGCGUUGGACGUAUCCUAGAGAUCGACAAUCACCCCGAUGCUGAUAGUCUAUUCAUUGAAAAGAUUGCUGUCGGCGAAUCUGAGCCACGUACUGUGGUUUCUGGCCUUCGAGGAAAAGUUGAUCGGAAAACCUUACUUAAUUCACUAGUAGUCGUAUUGUGCAACCUGAAACCAGCAAAGAUGCGUGGAGUCGAAAGCAAAGGAAUGGUUUUAUGUGCAAGUACACUUGAGAAGGUGGAAGUGCUUCGUCCACCGGCUAAUUCAAAGGCUGGAGAUCGUGUUGUUGUUGAGGGUUAUGAAGUUCCUCCUCCUACAGGAAUUCCUGAGGUGCUGAACCCUAAAAAGAAGCAUUGGGAAAAGUUAUCCGUUGAUAUGAAAGUCUCGCAAAACCUUGUUGCAGAAUAUAGUGGUAACGCCUUCCUUGUCAACGGUGAAAAUGUAACCGCGCAAACGCUGAAGGAUGCACCCAUUCGGUGAAGCUUGCUUAUUCCGGGGCGCAAUGCACAGAGCACUAUAUUUUUUAGUUUAGCCGCUGUUGACUAGUAAAUGGGUAGCUCUAAAUAAGAAACUAUUACGGGCCCUAAGACACUUCUGGUUGUUUUUUCACCCUUUCAACAUAUUCAUGAACUGCGUACCUGUUGACUUUGGAUGGAAAAUGGAUUCGUAUACUUUAUUUAUAUGAAUGUCCCAAAAUGGCACAUGCAACAGAUCUGAAAUGGUGCUGUCAUUCACUUAUAUUUAAUAAACUAAAAGUCACAUCGAUGUCACAUGUCUGCAUUGGAAAAAAUGGUCUUAGCCUUAAUUGGAAAAAAUCAUACAUAAUAAAAUAAUAAGUCAAAUAGCAAAUCCGAAAACCCAGAAACAUGAUGCCGUAGUUCGGUUGUUAGUAUAUAUGGCUGCUCUUUAUUUCGCUUGAUUCUGUCAAAGACCUGGGGGCUAGUUACAUGAUAUAGAGUGAAUACAUUGAACAUCUUUUCUUACGAAUAAAUACACUGAUUACUAUCUAUAUAAUGCACAUAAUGAAAUAUUUACGAACUAUAGCUAAUUCCUACAAUUAUUUAUUCAGCCUAACUAAAGGAGCUCAUGACACGCUUCGCCACAAUCUUCCUUAAUUAGCAUUAAAUUUUUGCUCUGCUCUUA